ACGUAUAUGGAAAUACACUUGUAGUCCACACAGCUGUUCCAUUUAGUAGAUGAACAACUACAAAAACAUUGCACAUACAUACAUACGUCCGUAGAAGACAUGCGCAUAAGUUAGCGGACAACCAGUACAUGCAACUGAGCUAAUAGUUAAACUGGUUUGCCACAGAAAAAAAGUAGUUUUUAGUAAAUAUGAAGUAAAUAAUUAAUUUGGAAAAACAAAUGACUUGCAACUGAACUCUAAAAUAUAAUCGAUAGACUUCAGUGUGGCAGUAGAAUUAAAGCAAAGAUACACAAAAUAAAAUUUAGUAGCUGUUGAAGUGCACAAAGGACACCUAAUCGAAAUUAUUACAAUACACAGCAUACAUAAAUGCCUACACACACAUGCAUACGCACUCGUUUGCUGUAUGGCAGUAAAUAUUAAUUAGUCAGCCUGGUCUCGCACACGCAACAACAAUAUUAAAAAGAUAAUCAUUAAAUUUAUUUACUACGAUCGUCCGAAAUCGAUUGAUUGCAUAUUUGGUAUGCGAAACGCACACAUUUUUGUUCACCUGUAAUCGUCGUAAAGCAUAUGCCAGUUGGGGAGCAGAAAAACAAAAUCAAUUUCAUCGGUCGUUUUGCGGUUGUUUGUGCUAUGUCCAAUGUGAUUGACGAUUAGUUUCGAUUUAUAACGCUUCGUGUUUAGUUCAAAAUAAAAUUUCUAUAGAUAUGUACUACGUUUAAACCAAAUCGCCUCGACCUUAACGCAUUUGCAUUCGGAUUUACUUACGCGUAUUAGUUAUUUUUUAUUUGUUUGCGUUUUUCUUUAAAUUUGCAGUGGAUAUGUAUUUUUCAAAGGCAUACAUAUGUACAUAUGUACACAUCUUCAGUUAAUUGAAAAAAUGCACUAAUGCUCAGUGUCGUCCAGUUUUAACAUGAAAAUCACUUUGCGUGAGCACCCGACGUCACCGAUCCAUCAUUAUCGUUCAAGCAGUGACCUUUGCAGUGCCACAAGUCGUCGCGACACCAACAACAUUUCCCCAGCCACCACAGCCACCAUAUGCCACGCGCAAUUUAAUCAACCCCAAAUUGUCGAAACUAACAACCACUACAAAAACAACAACAACAACAACAACAACAGGGACACCAACUUCUCAACUACAAUGAACAAUACAAAGUGGAAUACACGUAGCUUCAGCGGUCAACGUUAUCAACGCUCACCGCCCAGUCAACAGGAGGUAUCUAUGCGUCGCAGCCUAGAGGAGAUUUCCAAAGAUCUCAAGGAGAUUGAAAAUGUUAUUACCGCAACAGAAAUUGCUGUGCGCAACGCUAAUAAAGCAGAUCAAUCGACAUCUAAACGUAGACGUAGCAACAAAACCAUUCCAAAUAAGGAGAAUAAAACACCGAGUCCCACUGAGCGCCAAAGCGCUUCGCAAAAGACCUCGCCCGUUACCUACAAAUUAAAUUCCUUUAAGCGGCAACGUCACAAAAUGCGUAGUCCGCGUCUUACAAAUUCGAAGCUAUAUUUUCGCAAUGGCCGCAUUGGUUGUUUGGAAGCCGAUCAGCAUGGCUCCAAUAUACAAGGCACACACGCGCUGGUCAAGCACAUUUUGAAGUAUGUCAAUGAGAAACCAUUGGUAAGUCCGGAGAGCGUACGUCGUGUGUUGAAUGGUACGAAGACGCCAACGUUGUCGUCGGAGUCGGCACCAACGCCGCCGCCAGUGCCAGUAACACCGUUAAAGGCUUUACCCGCUGCGUCGGCACAAAGCGCCGAAUCAGUGCUCCUGCCUGGACAAGUGCCUGAAGAGUCUACUGCUGCUGUUGUUGUUAAGAGUUAUUCGAGAUGCAGCAAUAAUACGGCAAAUGAUAGCCACAGUCAGCGCAGGCCACAAAGUGAAGGCUCCUCGAUGACGGAGAAUACUAUGUCGCAGCCAUUGGUCGAUGAUGAUGAGCAGGAUGUGCAAAUCUGCUAUGAUGAGCUGCCGGACAUGUUGAAUGAUGAACAAAAUUUUGGACCAGAAUUGGUGAAGAGCGAUUUUGCAGCGGUGGUGCCGGAAGAGGAAGUGCCUACAGAUAGGCGCUUCAGCGCGACGAGUCUCAACUCAGACGUACGUGACCAAGUGCGCCAUCUUGUACGCCGCUUCACGGCACGCGCUAACAAAGUUAAAUCGCGCAUAGAGUUGCCACCCACACCGUCGUCGAGUACCAGCCUCGAUGCCAGCACCAGCACUGGCGGUUCGGUCUCGCCGACGCGCUCACUCCCAGCCGCUCUCAAAUCUGUCAGUACAACGCGCGAGAAUUCGCCAUUCAAAACCAAACUGAAGGAUGCCGCCAAGUCGCUGAAUCGUGGUCGUCUCUUCGAAGCGGACACCUCACGUUCGAAUGUGUGGAUUUGUUCCAGCCUGUGUGGCAGCAAUAAUGAGGAGAAAACACUCGAUCCGCAAGGCAAAAUCUACAUUUCGUGGUUGUGUGUGGUCUCACUGUCCUUCCUCUAUAAUGCCUGGGUCAUACCGCUGCGUUCCACCUUCCCUUUCCAGACGCCCGAGAAUACGAACGCUUGGCUGAUAUGCGAUUUUUGUGCUGACAUUAUUUAUCUGUUAGAUGUUAUCUUCUUUAAGCAUCGAAUUAUGUACCUAUUCGAGGGUUUUUGGGUAAAAAAUAAGAAUCUAACGCGGAAGAAUUACAUGAGGAAGCUGCAAUUUAAGCUGGAUUUGCUCGCCCUACUUCCUCUGGAACUUUUCUAUUUCAAAUAUGGCACCGGUGCUGUUUAUUUGCGCUUUCCGCGCUUAUUCAAAAUCCAAAGUUUCUGGGAGGUCUUCAAGCUACUAGAUCGCGUCAUAUCUUCCCCACAUUUCGUGCGCGUGGCUAAAACCCUGACCUAUAUGUUGUAUAUGAUCCAUCUAACUGCUUGCGCCUACUAUGCCUACAGUGACUACCAAGGCUUGGGCGUGAAUCGUUGGGUCUUUAGCGGCAAAGGACAUCCCUACGUGCGUUGCUUUGCAUUCGCUACUAAAACUGCAACGUCUAUAGGUAAAAAUCCUAAGCCCGAGCGUGAGGGGGAAUAUGUCUUCAUGACAGCCGCUUGGCUAAUGGGUGUCUUUGUUUUCGCGUUGCUGAUCGGUCAGAUACGCGAUAUCAUUUCGACGGCAACGCGCAAUAAAAAUGAAUACCGACAACUGGAGGACGAGACCUUGGAGUAUAUGCGACGUUUGAAUUUGCCAAGUGAAGUGCAGGGCCGCGUGAAAAUGUGGUUCAAAUUUACUUGGGAGCAACAGCGUACUCUGGAUGAAGCCAACAUAUUGGACUCACUACCGAUUAAUUUGAAAACAGACAUCGCUAUCGCUGUACACAUACAAACCCUCUCUAAGGUGCAACUUUUCGCCGAUUGCGAGGAGGCUCUACUACGCGACUUGGUGCUAAAAUUGCGCGCUGUCACUUUCCUGCCGGGCGAUUGUGUUUGUCGCAAGGGUGAAGUUGGCCGCGAAAUGUACAUUAUUAAGCUGGGACAAGUGCAGGUGAUGGGCGGCCCACAUAGUGAUAUCGUAUUGGCCACACUCUCCGAGGGUUCAGUCUUUGGCGAGAUCAGUUUACUGGGCAUAAAUGGCGCCGAUCGCCGUACGGCCGGACGCUCCAAAGGUUAUGCCAAUCUCUUUGUACUCUCCAAAUCCGAUCUCAACGAAGUGAUCGCUUACUAUCCUAACGCACAAGCCAUUCUAAAGAAGCGAGCACGCGCACUAAUGCGUAAGAAUGCCGCACGUGAACGUGAAGAAGAGCGCGCCAAAAGCGCACUGAAGGCCGAUGUGGUUAUAAGUAAUCCGAAGACACCCGAAACACCGCCCAAAUUGCUAAAGACUGUUAUACAGGCUUUGCCUUAUGAGUCGCCCGCUGUGAUUCUGAUAACCCGUGGUUCUAAGCGCAUGCGCAAGAAAAGUAAACCCAAUCCGUUGGCGUGCAUUGAGGAUCAAGAGUGUACGGAAGCGGCUAAAGGGAUGAAUGAGUUGCGUAGCGGCGUGGUGGGUAUGUUGAGUGGCGGCGUAGGUGGAGGCGUAGCGGUAGGCAGCGACGGUAGGCGUGCCAAUUCACCGGAUUUGUUAUCAUCAAUACAAAAUGAGUUGAAAAGCAAGCACAGUUUCAUAAACUUAACCGAUUCACAAAAGGCGUUGAUAAUCUCGAAAUCUACGAACAGUUUAGAGGAGCAGCAGCAGCAGCAGCAGCAGCAGAGCAAUUGUGAGGAGGCAGCAUUGAGGGGCAAGGGAAAAGUUUAAGUGUGCCAUAUGUACAUAUGUGCGAAACGUGCAAUUAUGAGUAACGCAUGCGCAAAGCUUUAUAAAUAUGUAUUUAUGUAUCAAAUCGUGCUUGUUGAAAAUGAACCAAAUAAUUUAUGUAGCAAAAACUUGUUUGAUAUACAUACGUAUAUAUGUAGAUACGUAUACAUACAUACGUAUAAGUAAAGAUGCAAUAAAAAGUUUUAUUUUAUUAAUGUGACCAUUGAAGUUUUGAACUUGCGGCGCUUAGAAGUCUUUUAUGUAACUUAAAACGUAAACUGGUUAAAAACCGUUAUUGUACAUUUUGAUAUAAGAAAAGGACUGCAAUUAAAAAAAAAAACACACAC